AAGGGCGGGGCGAAGCCCGGCGGGAUGUGGCGUUUCAGUUGCAGACAUGGCUUCCGAUGAUGAGCUGAGUCUCUUGCUUAUUGUGGUUGACGUCAAUCCACUCUGGUGGGGCCGGAAAGCCCAGGAGGAGCCUGAGUUUUCAUUGUCAAAAUGCAUAGAUGCCAUCAUGGUUUUAGGAAACUCGCAUCUUGUCAUGAACCGAAACAACAGACUUGCUGUUAUUGCCAGCCACUGCCAAGAAAGUCAUUUUCUUUACCCAAGUAAGCACUGGAAAGGUGGUGAUUUUGCCAGUGACGAGAAUAGCGCUGGGAGCAGAGAUGGAAAAUUUGAACUUCUAACCGUGGCCAAUGACCUAAUUGUUCAGGAGAUUAAACAUCUUACUGCUCGAACACAAGUGAGAGGACAGCAGACGGACACACUGCUAGCAGGAUCACUAGCCAAAGCACUUUGUUAUAUCCACAGAGUCACCAAGCAGUUGGAAGCGGGUCAGGAAAUGAAGUCAAGAAUUUUGGUCAUCAAGGCGGCUGAAGAUUGUGCUUCGCAGUAUAUGAAUUUUAUGAAUGUAAUCUUUGCAGCUCAAAAGCAGGGUGUCUUGAUUGAUGCCUGUGUUUUGGAUGCCGAGUCUGGGCUGCUGCAGCAGGCCUGUGACAUUACUGGAGGGCUGUACCUGAAGAUACCGCAGACGACGUCUUUGGGACAGUACUUACUGUGGGUUUUCCUGCCAGAUCCUGAUCAACGCUCUCAGCUUGUCCUGCCACCUCCUGUCCACGUGGACUACAGAGCUGCGUGUUUUUGUCAUCGGAAUCUCAUUGAGAUUGGCUACGUGUGCUCGGUCUGUUUAUCCAUUUUCUGCAACUUCAGCCCCAUCUGCACAACAUGCGAGACUGCUUUCAAGAUCGCUCUUCCACCCGUCCUGAAAGCAAAGAAGAAGAAGCCAAAGCUGGGGACGUGACAGUGAGGCGGCGACACUGAUAUGUCUGAUGGCUGCCUGAAUUUUUAAUCGUUUUCCUGUAAGAUUUGAUAUUUAGUUAUAUGUUAAAUAAAGUUUUAUGUUUUGUAAAAAAAAA